CCUGAAAGUUAAUUUUGCCUUUCUGAUUUUUCUAGGUUCUAUACUUCUGUUUCACAUAUUGGUCUACAGAUUACAAACUUAUAUACAAAAACUUAAAAGAUAUAAUAAUCAUAUGCAACUGUCUUUAUUUUUUAAGAAAAUUUGCUAACAGAGUUUCGUUGAUUUAUUUGAAAGCCCUCUUCAGACCCAAAAAGCAGAAAAGAAGAACAGAAGUAGUGACGCAUUAGAUUUCGACCACCUCCAUUGAAGUGAAUCUCUCCGAGAAAUCGAGAAAAGUAAAGAGAGAGAGAAAGAGGUUGUAGUGUGGUGCAUCGUUUGCAAGAAAAAAAAAAGCAGAAACAAAACCCGUACACGAGAAAAACACACAGGUUUCUGUUUUUGUCUCUUUCCGUGCUUAAUGACUGAACUCAUCAACCUCCUCCCAAAAAUCUCCGACCACUUCACGACGACAUCAACGUCACCGUCUUUCUCCUCACAUUCUCAUUUCCCCUUCUCCGUACGCAUGAACGACCAAUCACGUCCCCAAAACCUUAAAGACAAAAUCGUCGUCAUCUUAGGAGCAACCGGCGCCGGAAAAUCACGCCUCUCCGUCGAUAUCGCCACUCGUCUCCCUUCAGAGAUCAUAAACUCCGACAAAAUCCAACUCUACAAAGGACUAGAGAUCACCACGAAUCAGAUUACGAUCCCCGACCGUCGCGGCGUCCCCCACCACCUCCUCGGCUAUCUCCGCUCCGAAGACGGCGAACUCACCGCCGGAGGUUUCCGUAUCGCCGCUUCAAACGCCGUUUCCGAUAUAACCUCCCGUAAAAAGCUCCCCAUCAUCGCCGGCGGAUCUAACACAUUCGUCCACGCACUUCUCGCCGAACGAUUCGAUCCAAAGAUCGACUCUUUCGGGUCAGGAUCAAUCUGUCGGGAGUUACGUUACAACUGCUGUUUCGUCUGGGUAGAUGUGUCGGAGACUGUGCUCUUCGAGUAUCUCUUGAAACGGGUCGACGAGAUGAUGGGCUCGGGUAUGUUCGAAGAGCUGUCCGGCUUUUACGACCCGGUUAAAGCGAGUAUGACCCGGUUUGGGAUCCGGAAAGCUAUUGGUGUACCGGAGUUUGACGGUUACUUCAAAAUGUACCCACCGGAGAAGGAGAAAAAGUGGGAUUCAGGGAGGAGAGCGGCGUACGAUAAGGCGGUGGAGGAGAUCAAAGAGAACACGUUGAGGUUAGCGAAGAGACAGAUAGUGAAGAUUGAGAAGCUGAGAGAUGCAGGUUGGGAUAUUAAGAGGGUUGAUGCAACGGCGUCGUUUAGUGCGGUUAUGAUGGGUAGAAGAAGAGAGUGGAGAGAGAUCUGGGAGGAGCAAGUUUUGAAGCCAAGUGUAAAGAUUGUGAAUCGGCUGUUGGUGGAAGAUUAGGUUAUUUUCCUGCUCAUUUUU